UAGUCUACGCAGCCGCUUGCAAGCGGGCGGGGGCGGCGUGUGAGGCGCAGCGGACGGGGUUGUGGGCUCGGUAGCGGCAGCUUCAGGGCGCGAGCGCGGGCGGUGCCGGCCACUGCAGGUAACAGAGGCGCUGAGAGGGCAGCCGCGGCCCUGUGGAGGUGAGCGAGACGCCGAAGGGGCUCGGGUGCCCACCGCGGGGCGGGAAGUGCGGCAAGGGGCGGUACCGCUCACAGCCAGCCGGCUCCCGCCGCGGCUUCCCACCCUCGGCGGCCCGGGCGGGGUCCCACUAGCCCAAACGCCCCCGAACGCCCCCGUGCACAGCCUUCAGCCGGCCGCGCCUCGAGCAGCUAGCCGGCCCGCGUCCCGUCACCCGCCCGGUCCAUGUCCCUGCAGACCGUCCCGCCCGCGCACAGCUUCUGCGCGCCCGGCCGCGCCCCGGGCCUCUGCCCCGCCUCACCCCGCUGCCCGGCGCCUUUGUCCGCUUUGCGCCCCUGGAGUUUCUGUGCCUCCACGAGCGGGAGCGGGGCCCGAAGAUCUGGGGGUGCCCCGAGGACGCGCCGCGUAGUGAGCCUCCGGGCCCAACGUUUGACGGGCUUUUACCUCAUGCCAGAUGAGGAAAUUGAGGCACAGAGAUUAACUAAUCUGAACCAGAUAAUGCCAUAAGUAGUAGAACUGGGAUGCAAACUUGGACAGUCUGACUCCAGAGUCUGCACACUUAACCACUCCACUAUUCUGGCCUUGAACAAGUGCCAAAAGAUGAGUCGUGGAUAUUCAGAAAACAACAAUUUCCUGAACAAUAAUAACCAAAUGGUAUUGGACAUGAUCCUUUAUCCAUUAAUUGGAAUCCCUCAGACUAUCAACUGGGAAACUAUAGCAAGGCUCGUGCCUGGAUUAACACCGAAAGAGUGUGCAAAAAGGUUUGAUGAAUUAAAGAGCAGUGGAAGCUCACCUGUUGACAACCAGUAUAAUUCCCUAAUGGCUGCUGGAGAGAGUCCUGUUGAAACUUUAGCCACAUAUAUCAAAUCCUCACUUCUUGACAUACAUGGAGAAUUUCAGGAGACUCCAGUUGGACAUGAUGCAGUUUCCAAAACAGGAAGACAUAGUAUAGCUUCCACAAGGAAUUGUUCUUCAGAAAGUGAAAAUUGUACUACUCAUAAUGGUGGAGAAAUGACUGAAGAAUCUGAAGGGCCAAACAUGGUGAUCCAUGUGUGUGAUGAAGCAAAGAACUUGAAAGAAGAUUUUACUUGCCCGCGAGAUCUUUUGAUAUCAGAAAUGAAGUACUUUGCUGAAUAUUUAUCUAUGGAUGCCCAGCGCUGGGAAGAGGUGGACAUUUCAGUUCAUUGUGACGUUCACAUUUUCAACUGGUUGAUAAAAUAUGUUAAAAGGAACGCUAAGGAGAAUAAAGAUUGUGAGAUGCCCACUUUAGAGCCAGGAAAUGUCAUUUCAAUUCUUAUUUCUUCGGAGUUUUUAAAAAUGGAUUCACUAGUUGAACAGUGUGUUCAGUAUUGCCACAAAAAUAUGAAUGCCAUAGUAGCUACCCCAUGCAACAUGAACUGUAUUAAUGCAAAUCUUCUCACACGUAUAGCUGAUCUGUUCACACACAAUGAAGUUGAUGAUUUAAAGGACAAAAAAGAUAAAUUUAAAAGCAAACUUUUUUGUAAGAAGAUUGAAAGACUGUUUGAUCCUGAGUACUUGAAUCCAGAUUCUCGGAGUAAUGCAGCAACAUUGUAUAGAUGCUGUUUGUGUAAGAAACUUUUAACAAAAGAAACAGAAAGAAGAAUUCCUUGCAUUCCUGGAAAAAUCAAUGUGGAUCGACAUGGAAAUAUUGUCUAUAUUCACAUAAGAGAUAAGACAUGGGAUGUUCAUGAGUAUUUGAAUAGUCUUUUCGAAGAAUUAAAAUCUUGGAGAGAUGUAUACUGGCGAUUGUGGGGAACAAUCAAUUGGCUGACUUGUUCAAGAUGUUAUCAGGUCUUUCUCUGUAUUGAAUUUUCACAUUGUCAAUACCACUCAGAAACAGUGGUUUAUCCUACUGCAGCAAGUUCACUGAAUACUGUUGGCACUGGAAUUUAUCCCUGCUGUAACCAAAAGGUUCUUCGGUUUGAUCCUACUCAGCUUACAAAGGGCUGUAAAGUGAGGGACCACAUGGUUACACUUCGUGAUCAAGGUGAAGGCGGAGAUUUGCCGUCCUGUCCCACUGCUAGAAUGUUGGACGAUUUGCACAAGUACAGAGAUGUCAUUGUUGUGCCUUUUUCAAAAGAUACAGUUAGUGAUGUUGGGGUUGGCCCCUGUGAUGAAAAGGGUAUAGAAUGUGAUGUUUUACUGGAGCCAAAUACACUGUGGGGUCCCAAAACUGGGGAGCUCAAUGCUUUCUUGUCAUUGAAAAACUGGACUCUACAACUGAAACAACAGUCACUGUUUUCAGAAGAAGAAGAAUAUACCACUGGAUCUGAGGUCACUGAAGAUGAAGUUGGAGAUGAAGAAGAAGUAUCCAAGAAACAAAGGAAAAAGGAGAAGCCAAAGAAGUUCACUAGACAACCAAAAAAGCAGAUAUCUUCACCCUGUGCCCAGAGGAAAGAAAAGGCAUUGGAGAAGUCAGCUUCUAGAGAUGUGUCUCCUUUCGUUGUGAGUAUGCAGAAGAAUAAGUGGGAUGCCACAAGAUCCUUGAGAUUCAACCAGGAUGCACAAAGAGAAGAUGGUAAAUUUUAUUAUUCGGAUCAACGGCGAAUGUCUGAAAUUACAGGGCACCUAAUAAAAAUGAGAUUGGGGGAUCUGGACCGAGUCAAGUCAAAGGAAGCAAAAGAAUUUGCAGGAGGUAUUUAUUCCAGGCUGGAAGCACAAAUCAAGGCCUCAGUGCCAAUUAGUGCACGCCAAAGCAGCUCAGAGAAAAACACAAGGUCUAAAAGUCGUUUUGGUCAAGGGCGUCCUGCAUAAAGCACCUUAAAAUAUAAGUAAAAAGAGAGAAGGCACUCUUCUGGACAUCUGAAAUUGCUCACUUCUUGAAGAUCUUCAGAACAAUGACUUCCAACUGUUUUAUGUUAUUAUUAUUUUAAUCCACAUAAAUCAUAAUGCUAAAAGAAAUACGUAGUUAGGUUUUAUGAAAAUCUACUUGUAAAUAUGAAACUUUUUAAAUCUGAUUUUCUUUUAAUAUGAUUCUAGGCUAUGUAGAAAGCAAUUAUUUAAAAAUUUGCAUAGUUGAGACUCCCAGUGUUUUCCUUUAUUUAUUUGAAAAAGAAGAGGCCUAAACUGUCAGGUAGCCAAGUUUUUUUAAGACCUUAAAAUUUAGGGGAACAUAACUGGUAGUGUUACCAUGCAUGUGCACUGAUUGUAAUGUACUUUGGAGCUGUAAAUCUUGAGAUAACAUUGAGAACUGCAGGUUGUGUGACAAAAUUCCCAAUGAUGCUAAUUUUAAGUCUGCAUGAAUAUUAAGGAGUGACAGUUCUCAAGACUGCAUUAAAUGAAGUUUCAGGGUAAGGUAUUUCAGUACUGUGUUGGGCAGAAGGGUUAAUUUUUUUCAGCAUUAUAUCAUGGAAAGUACAAUGUUAAUCCAACUUUUUUUUUCUUUCAGUUUUUAAUGCUUAUCUAUUGAUCAUCUGAGCUGGAAUUACUGAUUAUUACUCUGUCCUCUGUGAAACUAGUGGCAUUCUGCAUUUGGAAAAAUAACCAUUGGUAGUUUUAGGAUAGUAAAUCAUUUCUGUUAUAUGAGGCACCCACUGUAUAGUUCUCAGGGCUCUAAAACCCAACCAUAUUUCUAUAACCAUUCAAAUAACUCCUUAAAACAGUUAUACUUGCUAGUUCUGUCUAAAAUUUUCCAAAUACAUUAGAUAGGUGAAAGUUUGCAUAUAUUCAAGAAAAAUCAAAAUAAAAUUCUAUUUUAUAAAUCAUGUUUAAAUUUUUCUAACCAGGCAGAAAGAGUGCUCAGGGAAAAUUUGUUCCAAACUAUAACCAUAUAAUAAAUUAUGUGUUUGUAAAUUAUAUGUAGGUCUCUGAAAAACUUUAAGAUGCACUGUUUCUAUUUUUUUAAGUUUUAAUUUGCCUUAUAAUUGACAUUUCUUCAAAUUAUUCAGAGAACAGACUUUAAUAAUGUGUGACAAAAGAGCAAUUUCCAUUGAAAUAUUGAAGUGUUACACUCAGUUUACACGUACAGAAAUCAUUCUUUUUAGUGAGUCUUUUAGUUGAUAAAUGAAGCUAGAUGUUAUUUGAUAACCUUGGCUUUGCCAAGGUUUUUGAACUGCUGUUUAGAAAUUUUGUUGCAGUUUAUAUUUGUUUCAAUUGUUUGAUACUGUGGAAAUAGACUUUUAUUUUCUAAAGAAAAUGUCUUGCAGUACAUAUUAUAUGUAAGUACUCUGUUAAAUACCAGAGGUUUUUUUUGUAGUUUACUGUGUUUUCUGAUUAAAGGAUUUGGGUUUGUACAUGUAAACAGUGCUGUAAUGGUUACGACUAGAUAAGGAAAAAAUACAUGUGCUCUUUUGAUUUUUAACUGAUGGUAAAAAGGCAAAGUGCUUCUCCCCUGGGAGGACUGUACCACUGAAUUGAUUUUUACAAACCAGAAUUUAUCAGAAUUUGAUUCUCUUCAGAAUGCUUUUGGCCAGGUGCAGUGGCUCAUGCCAGUAAUCCCAGCACUUUGGGAGGCUGAGGCGGGCAGAUCACCUGAGGUCAGGAGUUUGAGACCAGCCUGGCCAACGUGGUGAAACCCCAUCUCUACUAAAAAUACAAAAAGAUUAGCCGGGCAUGGUGGCGCACACCUGUAGUCCCAGCUACUCAGGAGGCUGAGGCACAAGAAUUGUUUGAACCCGGGCAGCAGAGGUUGCAGUGAGCUGAGAUCAUGCCACUGCACUCCUAGCCUGGGCGACAGAGCGAGACUCCAUCUCAAUUUAAAACAAAAAAAGAAUGUGUUUUUUAUUUUGUUAAUGUUUGCCUGUUAUACAUAGCACCGGUACCGCAAACAUUUUACUUAAACUCUUAAUAGCAUUUCUUUUGCCAGAUACUUUAAUAUUUCACCUUACAUUAAUCCUGGAUUCACAUUUCUUUCAUUGAAAUAAAUGUUAAUGACAAAAA